GAGGCUAGCCUCCCAGCCCUCGGUACGACCCGCCUACACACCCUUGUAGGCUCUGGGCGAGGGAGAGCACGGAGGGGUACGUAAGAAAUCAGUACUCAUGAGGAGAUCACCGUCCGUUUGUUGUAUGCUUGUCAACUGGAGGAUGUAUGCAUUGGGGGCCACAUCUCAGCCUAUGGAUGUCCUUCGCGCGAUCGAACUAGAAUUUAAGCUAUCGCGAACAAACUGGCUCACCAAAGCCCAGAAACCGAUCCCAAAGUUACUCGAUCAAGGACCCUUGUCUUAGGUCUUCGUAUAGUCGUUCACCAGUGUCCCAGGCCAUGGUAACUCAAAAUCCACCUGGUGCGGAACAACGACCGCUCUUUAACAUUGAAGACAUUACUCGCCAUUGUUUCUGAUAUGUCCAAUCCACUUACAUCUUGACCGUCGACUGAACUCAUCUUUGGUUCCUUCUACUGCGACUGAACUACACAUGUAAGACUUCUGGACUGUGCCCCGAUCACACCUAGUCGCCCUGUGAAGUAGUAGAAAUUGUGAAAUUGACCACACCUCAUCAUGGACACAAAAGAGGGAUGUCAUUUCGACAAGGAAACAGGACUCACGGAAGGACUCCCAUGUGAAGGAGUCAUCGUGCCACCAACGCUCGAAUCUAUAUCCGGGCAACGUUAUGAUGCCAUUGUUCUCGGAGCGGGCUAUGCUGGCCUAGUAGCUGCAAGAGAUCUGGCGACUCGAGGACACAAGGUACUGCUUUUGGAAGCACGAGAUCGCAUUGGGGGCCGUACAUGGACAUCGGUCAUCGAAGGAUAUCCUUACGAGAUGGGCGGCACAUGGGUUCAUUGGGGUCAGCCUCAUAUCUGGACAGAGCUGUCAAAAUAUGACAUGGUCGACCAGCUGGAGGACUCGGCCAAGGGUCUCCCAGGCGUCCAACACAGCACUUCAUACUAUUUUGAGCAUGGCAAGCGGACAGUAUCGUUGGCCGAAGACGCCGACAAUCUCAAGACUGCCUUGACAGCCUUCUGCGACGUUGAUGGGGAGUUGGGCAAGACAGUCCUACCUAUUCCCCACAAACCAUUUGCUGCAGCCACAGAAUUCACGAAAUGGGACCAAAUAUCGGCAGCCGAGCGCUUCGACCAGAUCAAAGACCGACUUACUCCUGAUCAACAAGGAAUCCUGCUCUCCACCAUUGUCACAGCUUCUGGCGCUUCCGCAGAUCAAUUAGCCUUUACCGAGAUUCUUCGAUGGUGGGCACUGUCCGGGUAUGACUCUGAGGCGUACAUGGCCUACGUGAUCAAGUGGAAGCUCAAGUGUGGUCAGACUGGACUGUCACUCCGUAUCUUUCGUGACGCUCUCGCGUCCGGAAGCCUGUCGUAUCGAUUCUCGACACUAGCGAAGCGGAUCGACCAGUCCGGUGGACAAGUAACAGUAACAACCAGCAACGGAUCCCAACAUGUUGCAAGCUAUCUAGUAUGUACCAUUCCAUUGAACACUCUCAACGACGUCGUCUUCAACCCGCCUCUAUCUCGAAACAAAGUUCUGGCCGCAGCUAAAGGCCAAGUCAACCUCUGCGUGAAAGCCCACGCCGAGGUCGCUGGCACCGAUCAACGCUCCUGGUGGGGCAUUGCCUACAACAAAAGGCCAGGCAUGAUGGCCGGUGCAUUUGGAGAUGGAUUGACUCCAGCCGGCAACACUCACCUUGUGUCAUUUUCGUUGAACGGUGCUUUUCAAAACACGGCAGACCGAGGGUUUGCAGAGAUGAAGACUGCAUAUGAGGAAUUCACAUCAGCUGAAAUCAAACGAUUGCUAUACCACCCUUGGGCUCAAGAUCCACUCUCCAAAGGUACAUGGGCUAUGUACGGCCCAGGUUUCGCUACUCGCUUCAAACGAGACUUGCAGGCGAGUCAGGGGAGAGUUCAUUUUGCCAGUGCAGAUUGGGCGGAUGGAUGGCAUGGUUUCAUCGAUGGCGCAAUCGAGCAAGGAAUACGUGCGGCGACGAAAGUAUCUACAGAGCUUCAAAAAGUACCUUCUGCGAGGCUGUAACAUGGUUGGAUAUAUGGUUUGAAACAAACAGAGGUUGGUCUAGUCACG